AUGGGCCUGUUGCCCACCACCACGCGCCCAUAUCGCCGAUCGAGGUGGCGGCGCCGCCUCGUACGAGCACUAAUUCUAAUCUUCAUUAUAUGGAACCUGACAGAGCUUCAUCUAAUCGUGAGACGGCUCUCCGAAACAGACACCAUCUACCACGAAGAGCCCCUAAGGCACGAGCGCAUCUAUAUCGCGGGGGUACACUGGAACAACGAGAUCAUCCUGCGGGACUACUGGAACCAAGCAGUGAUUGAGCUAUCCCAAAAACUAGGCCCCGAGAACGUGUUUAUCAGUAUCUACGAGAGCGGCAGCUACGAUGACACGAAGGGGGCGCUGAAGGAGCUCGACGGGGAAUUGGAGCGGCUUGAUGUCCCGCGGAAUAUUACUCUGUCGCCUGUGACGCAUGAAGACGAGAUUCUGGCUCCGUCGGGAGGAGGCGAGGGCUGGAUCGAGGGGCCUACGGGAGAAAAAGAGCUGAGGCGGAUCCCGUACUUGUCGCGCGUGCGGAAUUUGAGUCUGCGGCCGCUGGAGGAUCUUGCUCGCCAAGGUAUUACAUUUGACAAGAUCUUGUUUCUAAAUGAUGUGGUUUUCUCGUCAAGCGAUGUAUUCGAGUUGUUGGAUACAAAUAACGGCGAAUAUGCGGCCGCAUGCUCGUUGGAUUUCUCCAAACCCCCCAGAUACUACGACACUUUCGCGCUGCGAGAUAGCCAGGGCCAUGAGGCACUCAUGCAGACAUGGCCAUACUUCCGCAGCGCAUCAUCGCGACACGCCAUGAAAACCAUGUCCCCUGUCCCGGUAACGAGUUGCUGGAACGGGAUCGUGGCCAUGCCAACAGCCCCAUUUCUUGCAAGCCCGCCCCUCCGCUUCCGAGGCAUCCCCGACACACUAGCAACAUCACACCUCGAGGGCUCCGAAUGCUGUCUCAUCCACGCCGACAGCCCCUUAUCCGCGCCGCAGGGUGUCUACCUCAACCCACUGGUGCGGGUUGGAUACAACGGCGCCGCCUAUGACGCGGUUCAUCCGACGCGGAACUGGCUCUCUGCGCGCAGGAUUCUGCAGGGGCUGUGGAUUAACCGGCUCCGGCGAUGGACGACCACGGUCUGGUUUAAAGAGAGGACGGUGAGGAAUCGGGUGGCGAGGUGGAUGGCGUUGGGAGAUAGGAAUCGUGAACCCGGGCUUUUUUGUGUUAUUAAUGAGAUGCAGCUGUUGCGGCCUUUGGGGUGGGCUCAUGCGUAA